AUGCCCGGCCGCAGCCAUGGCAGCCAAUCCCCAUCUCAAGCAAAGCUAACCUCACCUCACUACCACCAUCUCCCGCGGCAAUAUCUAUAUCCCAAUGCGGAGCAGCCCAGCUUCGUGUGGCGUGGCGCCUCGUACCAGACGAUGCUGGCGGUGUCGACGCUGUGCCGAGCGUUUCUGUACGGCCUCAACAGGACACAAGUCAACGGGCUCCCACGCUUCCUCGACCUGCUCAAGUCCCGCUGCGACCCCAAGACCCGGCGACGUGGUCUGCUGACCGUCUCGAAUCACAUCUCGGUCAUGGACGACCCUCUGAUCUGGGGCGUGCUCCCACUGUCAUUCACAGCCUUCCACGGCUACCAGAACAGCCGCUGGGGGUUCGGCAGCCACGACAUCUGCUUCCAGAACACGCCCCUGUCCCUGUUCUUCACCCUGGGCCAAGUCCUCCCAACGCACCGCAAAGCCCAUUCACUAUACGGAGGACCCUUCCAAACGAGCAUGACCGAAGGCGUGCGCCUCUUCUCCAAUAUCUCUUCCCACAGACCCUCCCUCUGUCCACACAACCACCCAGCCUACAAUUCUGAGUACCAUACUCCCUCCUUCCCAUGGGACUGUAUCGACCCUUUCUCCGACCUCUCGCCCCCUCCAUCCUACCCAUCCCACCCCUCCGACACCCGGUACUACCUCCAGCCCUCUCGCUACGCCAGCAAUGCCUACUCCUGGAUCCACAUCUUCCCCGAAGGCAUGAUCCACCAGUCCCCACCAACCCCGCAGAACAACAACCGCUCCGAAUACACCAUGCGCUACUUCAAAUGGGGCGUCGCGCGCCUGAUCCUUGAACCGCCCGAAUGUCCGGACGUGGUCCCGAUGUUCAUCGAAGGCAGCGACCAGGUGAUGCACGAGUCGCGCACCUUCCCACGCUUCCUCCCGCGCUUCGGUAAGGACAUCACCGUGACGUUCGGGCACGAGCUCGACGUGGACGCCACAUUCGGCGACCUACGCAAGGGUUGGCGCGACCUGUGCCAGGAGGACGCCCGCGCGAACGGCUGGGACGAGUGGGACGAGAUCACGCUGGGCUUGGUUCCGCCGAGUCUGGAGCGGCACCCGGAAGCGGUCAGGCUGAGGGAGGAAUGCACGAAGCGCGUCCGAGAUGCUGUCCUUGCGGUCCGCAGGAGUCGCGGGUACGCAGACGAAGACCCCAAGGGCGGAGUCGCCGAGACGUGGGCGAAAGAAGGACCCCAGCGCGAGGGCAGGAUGGACGACGGGAGUUGGGUCAAGGACACCUAG